AUGGGAGAUAGUGUUGCUCAAUAUAACUUAGCUCUUGCAUAUGAAUCUGGUAAGGGAGUCUCUCAAGAUUAUGUUAAGGCUGCAAUGUGGUAUCAAAAAGCCGCAGAUCAAGGGGUUUGUGAGGCUCAGUAUAAUUUAGGGGUUUUUUAUUUAAAUGGAAUAGGUGUUACUCAAAGUAAUACCACAGCAAUUGUUUGGUGGGAUAAGUCAGCUAAUCAAGGAUAUGUGAAUGCUCAAUAUAACUUAGCUCUUGCAUAUGAAUUUGGUAAGGGAGUCUCUCAAAAUUAUGUUAAGGCUGUAAUGUGGUAUCAAAAAGCCGCAGAUCAAGGAGAUAGUGGAGCACAAUAUAAGCUAGGUUACUUUUAUGCCAAUAAUCAAGGAGUUUCUCAGGAUUAUGUUAAGGCUGUAAUGUGGUACCAAAAAGCCGCAGAUCAAGGACAUAGUGAAGCACAAUUAAAUUUGGGAGUUCUAUAUUCUCGUGGCUAUGGAGUCUCUCAAGAUUAUGUUAAGGCUGCAAUGUGGUACCAGAAAGCCGCAGAUCAAGGAAACCCUACUUCUCAAUUCUACUUAGGUUUUUUAUAUGAGUUUGGGGAAGGUGUAUCUAAAGAUAUUUAUACUGCAAAAAAAUGGUACCAAAAAGCCGCAGAUCAAGGAAAUAACCAAGCUAAACAUAGAAUCGAUAGCCUAAAUUCUUAA